AUGGACUCGCGAACGAUGAGCUACGUCACCUCGGGUUUUCUCAUACUCGCACUUCUCAGCGGCGCAUUGGCUGGUCCAGCGCGCACGGCAUUCGAGAAGCUCACGGACUACGACUAUCGCGGCACGACGUACUACAGCGUGCGCAAUCUAUCGCUGUACGAGUGCCAGGGUUGGUGCCGCGAGGAGGCCGAGUGCCAGGCCGCGGCGUUCUCCUUCGUGGUGAAUCCGCUGGCACCGAUGCAGGAGACCCUGUGUCAGCUUCAGAACGAGACGGCGGCCACUAAUCCGAACUCGUCGCCGCAGCGAGCCGUCAGCAUGUACUACAUGACCAAAUUGCAGAUCCGAUCAGAAAACGUGUGCAUACGACCGUGGGCAUUCGAGCGAGUACCGAACAAAAUGAUCCGUGGCCACGACUUGGCCCUCAUCUACACGUCGACGAAGGAGGCCUGCUUGGCCGCCUGUCUCAACGAGCACCGCUUCACCUGUCGCUCGGUCGAGUAUAAUUACGUGACCCUGCAGUGCCACCUCAGCGACGCCGAUCGCCGAUCCUCCGGACAGUACGUGCAGUUCGUCGAUGCUCAGGGCGUCGAUUACUUUGAGAAUCUCUGCUUGAAAGGUAAAGAGGCCUGCAAAGGCACGCGAAGCUUCCAAGUGCCAAGAAUCGGGGUGGCCGACGACAAGAUAGCCCAGUACGCGGGACUGCACUACUACACGGACAAAGAGCUGCAAGUACAGAACGAGCCGGCCUGCAAGAUCGCCUGCGAGAUCGAGAACGAGUUCCUCUGCAGGUCUUACCUGUAUCGCGGUGCCCCCCUGGGCCAGGCUUACAAUUGCCACCUGUUCCACUUGGAUCACUGGACCCUGCCGGACGGGCCCUCGACCUAUCUCAACGCCGAGAGGCCGCUCAUUGACAACGGGGAGCGAGUCGGCACCUAUUAUGAAAACUUCUGCGAGAAAGCGAAUCAAUUGCCAUCGCUUUCAACUCCGACCCCCGAACCAAUAUGGAACGAAACGAGGAGCAAUUGCGAUAGAACUGGCACGUGCUACGAUGUCGAGGUUGACUGCAAGGACACAAGAAUAGCAGUGCAGGUGCACACAAACAAACCGUUCAACGGAAGAAUCUAUGCUCUUGGACGCUCGGAAACGUGCAACAACGACGUCAGCAACAGCAAUUCCUUCCGGCUCGACUUGACGAUGAACGGACAGGAUUGUAACACACAGAGCGUGACGGGCACGUACUCAAACACGGUCGUCUUACAACAUCACUCGGUCGUCAUGACCAAGGCCGACAAAAUUUACAAGGUCAAGUGCACGUACGACAUGACGUCGAAAAACAUCACGUUCGGUAUGAUGCCGAUCCGCGACCCGGAGAUGAUCAGCAUCACCAGCGCACCAGAGGCGCCGCCACCCAAGAUCCGCAUACUCGACGGAGGCGCCCGAGAGGUCGAGACCGUCAGGAUCGGUGACAGGCUCACCUUCAGAAUCGAGAUUCCAGAAGACACUCCCUACGGCAUUUUUGCUCGUAGUUGCGUUGCCAUGGCUAAGGACGCCAAGAGUACUUUCCAGAUCAUCGACGAUGAAGGAUGUCCGGUCGACUCGUCCAUAUUCCCAGGAUUCUCGACCGACGGCAACGCGCUGCAGUCGUCUUACGAAGCUUUCAGAUUCACCGAAUCUUACGGUGUCAUUUUCCAAUGUAACGUCAAGUACUGUCUGGGACAGUGUGAGCCGGCUACUUGCGAGUACGGCCGUGAUUCUCUUGAAUCUUGGGGUAAGAGGCGCAAGCGUAAUCUUGAAAAUACAACGAACGAGGAUGACAUGACCUUAUCUCAAGAAAUCCUCGUGCUCGACUUCGGCGAUGAGAAGCAAUCACAGUUUUUGAAGAAUGAUGCCAGUAUAGACUUCAACGAGGCCGACAAAACAGUUACGAUCGUGGAGCCAUGUCCAACAAAAACAUCGGUGCUGGCGUUAGGCGUAACAUGCGCUCUACUCGUCCUCAUCUACGUUUCGACGAUUUUCUGUUACUACAUGAAAAAGUGGCUGACACCGAGGAAGAUGAUGCCUUGA